UGAGCCGGUUGCUGCAGUGCUCCAUCUGGGAUCUUCAGCCAGGGCACUGGCGUAGAUACACACACUCCGUGCUGCUCUCCCCUCGGCACCUCGCCUGGAGCCCCCACGCCACGACAGUCUCGCCCUCUGCCCCUUUCUCCCUGCCUCCAUCCCGCCAGCACCAUGAGCCGGCCAGAACUGCUCGCCGUCCUGCUCCUGGCCGUGCCGGCUGUCUCCCUUCCUGUGACAAAUGACAUGAAUAAAGGCGACACUAAGGUGAUGAAGUGCAUUGUAGAGGUCAUCUCUGAUACUUUAUCUAAGCCAAACCCCCUGCCGAUCAGUGAGGAAUGCCUAGAAACUCUCCGAGGAGAUGAGCGAAUUAUUUCUAUCCUUCGCCACCAAAACUUAUUGAAGGAACUUCAGGAAAUUGCUGCACAAGGUGCCAAUGAGAGAACUCAGCAGCAGAAGAAAAAUAGUGGCUUUGAAGAUGAACUUUCCGAAGUCCUUGAAAGUCAGAACAACAAGAACAAGCAGAGAGAUGUUGCAGGGGAGCACCCUGAAGAGGAGCAGCCCACAGGGUCCCUGGCUGAGCUGGCAGCACAGAAGACCCAGCAAAAUGAAGACUCAAGAGAGGAGGAAAAAAGCCUGGAGGAGAGGGAACCCAGGCUAUGGGAUACCAACCCAGUUGAGAAAGAGGAUCAGGAGGAAGCUGAGAGCAAUGACAUCAGGGAUACAGAGGAUGCCCAUCGAAAUGAAGUUUUGGACAACCACAUUGGCAAACAUUUCAGUGAGGAUGAGCAGCAGCAGCAAGGGGAUGAAGAGGAGGAGCCCAGAGGUUCCAGGGACAGCCUGGAGCUUGAGGAUGAGGGAGAAGAGCCAUCCAGGCAGGGUCAGGAGCACAGCAAGGAGGUAGCAGGGGAGCAUGUGGAGCGGGAGGAUGAUGGCGAUGAAGCUGCAGAGGAGGACCCUACUGAAGCAGAGAGGUCACUCGAUUUGGCUGAGGAGGACGAGGAGGCUGAGGAGAUGCAGGGCGGUGACAAUAAUGAUGAUGAGCUGGGAUUUGGAAAAGAUGUGCGGAGCUCUGAAGAGGAUGAGGAAGAGGAAGACGAAGAGCAGCCCCGGGCACUGAGAGGAGGAAGGCAUCACCUGGAGGAUGAGGAGAUGCAGGGAGAAGAGGACACCUUUCAGCCCAGGGAUGCCAAAAGUGAUGAGAUGGAGGAGGAGUCCUCCAGGGAGUGGGAAGACACCAAGAGGUGGAACAAAAUGGAUGAGCUGGCCAAGCAGCUGACAUCAAAGAAACGCAGGGAGGAAAAUGAUAGUGAGGAAGACCCAGACAGGUCCAUGAAAAAGACAUUUAGGUCCCGCAAGUAUGCCUUCAGUAGUCCAGAGGAAGAUGUGAGAAGGUCAUGGAAGCACCACUCGAAGGAAGACAGUAGUGAAGGAGGCUUUCCCCUUGCUCCCAUGCCUGAAGAAAAGAAGGAUGAGGAAGGCAGCGCUAACAGGAGAACAGAGGACCAGGAGCUGGAGAGCCUGGCUGCCAUCGAGGCUGAGCUGGAGCGCGUCGCCCACAAGCUGCACGAGCUGAGGCGAGGCUGAGGGCCCCGGCGCUCCCGUGCCGGCGGAAGCGGCGCCGCCACCCUCCUCCGUCCGUCCCUCCGUC